AUGGAUGUUCUUAGAGCUUCUUCUUCUACCCUUAUUCAUCCACCAUACAUUUCAACAACAACAAGAAGAAACAAAACCCAAUUUCCUAAACCCAUCUUUCACCAUUUAAAGUUAAAAUUAAUUGUGUUCGAUUCAUCUUUCACAUUGUUUGAAAGAAAUGGAUCGAAAUCGAGGUUGUUUAUGAUGUUAUCAUCAUCCCCGGCAUCAACAAUGGAGUCCAUUGAGCCACCUAUGCUGGAACUUGAGGCUGAUGGUCGCGAGAAAAAGAGAUUCGAUUGGUACUCACAUUGGUUCCCGGUGAUGCCAAUAUGUGAUUUGGAUAAGAGGGUACCCCAUGCUAAGAAAGUAUUGGGACUUGACCUAGUGGUGUGGUGGGAUAGGAAUGAGAAUGAAUGGAAAGUGUUUGAUGAUACUUGUCCCCAUAGAUUAGCUCCUUUAUCUGAUGGAAGAAUUGAUCAGUGGGGGAGAUUACAAUGUGUGUACCAUGGUUGGUGUUUCAAUGGAAAUGGUGAUUGUAAACUCAUCCCUCAAGCCCCCCUAGAUGGACCACCGGUCCAUACAUUCAAGGAAGCAUGUGUGACUGUUUAUCCAAGCACUGUGCAACAUGAUAUUGUGUGGGUUUGGCCUAAUGCUGAUCCUCAAUACAAAGAUAUUAUAAUGAAGAAAAAACCUCCUUACAUUCCUGUCUUGGAUGAUCCUUCAUUUUCAGGGCCAAUGGGAAACAGAGAAUUUCCUUUCGGGUACGAGGUGUUGAUUGAAAAUCUUAUGGAUCCUGCUCAUCUUCCGUAUGCACAUUACGGAUUAAUAUCCAAUCCGACCCCUAAAGUGAAGGUAGAUAGAGAAGGGGGUAGUCCACUUGGUAUGAAAGUUGAGAAAUUGGAUAUAAAUGGUUUCAAUGGAAAACAAGAUUGGGGUUGUUCUUACUUUAUUGCACCUUGCAUCUAUCAUGCUUUUAUUGAUGUUGAUCAACGAAAUGGAUCUGCAAUAUCCGAAACCGAAAAGUCAAAUCGAAGACUUUGUUUAGUUUUUAUGUGUAUUCCGGUUAGUCCGGGUAAAAGUAGACUUAUUUGGUCUUUCCCAAAGAACUUUGGUGUUUGGAUUGACAAGAUUGUUCCAAGAUGGAUGUUUCACAUUGGACAAAACUUGAUUUUGGAUUCUGAUUUGUAUCUUCUUCAUGUUCAGGAGCAUAAGGUAAUGGAACUUGAAGCUACCAAUUGGCAAGAAGCUUGUUUUGUGCCUACAAAGUCAGAUGCCUUUGUGGUUGGCUUCCGAAGGUGGUUGAACAAGUAUGGCGGUGGCACGGUUGAUUGGAAAGGGAAGUUUAGCGGAGCUCUUCCUCCAUCUCCUCCUAGAGAGCAACUGAUGGACAGGUAUUGGACUCAUGUGGUGAGUUGUAAGAGUUGCAGUACAGCACAUAAAGGUCUUAAGACACUUGAAGUAAUGCUACAAACCAUGUCGGUUAUUUCGAUUGGGAUCGUUGCUGUGACAAAGCAGAACAUGAUAUCAAUGGUGGCUAAAUCAACAAUGGUAUCAAUGGCUAUCAUUUGUUUUGCAGCUUCAAAAUGGUUGGCUCAGUUCAUCUACAAAAAUUUCCAUUAUCAUGAUUAUAAUCAUGCUUUUGUAUAAUUUUUAU